AUGGCCACUCUCGACACCCUGAAGCAAACGCUAAGGCAGACGGCGACGGCGACAGCAUCGUACGCAACGCAGCCGUUGUCGCAGCUGCAGUACAGCGCCGGUUUCGACGUCUUGGUGCAGGGCUCGGGAUGGAUGACAUACCAGGAGUUCAUUGUCCCUCAACUCUCUUCGCUUCUAGACCGUUUAUUCAGCUCGCGUGUUCAUAUCUCGGUGCUAGAAGUCGGACCCGGCCCAAAGAGCGUUCUUGCAUACUUGCCAUAUCACGUCAGGAGCAGGAUCAUGAGAUAUGUUGCAUUCGAGCCUAACGACUUGUUUGCCGUGAGACUAGAUGAAUGGCUUCACCCUAACUCAGGAACAGAGCGUCCCCUGCCAUGUCUGGAACGUCACCCUGAUAUUCAUCGGAUCCCAUUCGCACCGGACAACGACGACAAAAACGCAAGGAGCGGUACCAGCAUCGGAACAAGUGAUGAUGGGAAGUUUGAUGUCGUCUUAUUCUGCCAUAGCAUGUACGGCAUGAAACCUAAGCGCAGAUUUAUCGAAGACGCACUGAAAUUACUUUGCAAACACCCAAAAGGCGGAAUAGUGGUGGUAUUUCAUCGUGAUGGCGACCUCAACUUUGACGGCUUGGUGUGUAAUCACACGGCUUCUUUCCCUACCGGGAUCGUUCGGAUAGCAACCGACGACGAGACAUUGGACCGAUUUACUUCUUUCAUCGCGGGCUUUACCCUCCAAGAUGAGAAAAUGAACGAAGCUAUCCGAGGCAAAUGGCGUGAGCUGUGCCACGUACUGGGUCGUCGUGAAGAAGCAUACCCCGACCAUCUCUUGUUCAGUUCGCCCAACGUCAUGGCAACUUUUACUAAACAUGCAACCGCAUUGCCUGACUUGACGGCGCAUGUGCCCUUAGUGACGAAAAGCAGGAGAAUUAAAAACCACGAGGCCCGCUUCCACCGUCCCGCAUCGAUUGUAAGGCCAACAGAAAUCGAGCACAUCCAGAAGUGCGUGAAAUGGGCCCUUAGAGAGAAUGUUGGCCUAACCGUCAUUGGUGGGAGCCAUAGCGGCCAUUGUCUUUGGCCUAACGUCGUUGCCAUCGACAUGAGUGCUUUUAAUCAAGUACACAUGGUCACAGCUGAGGCGGAGGGGGGAGAAUUGAAUUUCGAUUCUACUACCCUGGUUGUCGCGGAGGCUGGUUGUAAUACCGGAGACAUUGUCCGCAAGACUAUGGUGGCAGGCAAGACAGUACCUCUGGGAGCUCGCCCAAGUGUAGGCUCAGGGUUAUGGCUGCAAGGCGGCGUUGGACACCUGGCUAGACUGCAUGGGCUCGCGUGCGACGCUAUAGUGGGUGCUGUGAUGGUCAGCGUUGCCUCUGGUCAGGUUCUGUACGUCGGCCACGUACCAAGUAAAUAUCGACCGGCCGGUGCCGUGCAGUCAGAAAUUGAGGCCGAUCUAUUAUGGGCUCUGAAAGGCGCAGGGACUAAUUUUGGCAUCGUUGUCAGCGUUGUCUUUGAAACUCAUGCAGCCCGGAAAUAUUUGGUUCGAAGCUGGAGUAUCCCGUUGAAAGACGAUCGUGACACACGGCUUAAGCUUCAGGACUUCGAUCAAUGUGCCAGAACUCUCCCUCGACACAGUUCCGCGGAUGCAUAUUUAUUUUCAGAUGACUCACAGAUGCACCUUGGCGUGACAGUGAUCGAAUCUACUACGACUCAACUUCCUUCCAAACCACCUAGGCUUACAAGUACGAUGUUGGGGCCGGAAGAUACCUUCAAGACCGUUGACGGCGUCGGUCUGUUCGAAACUGAGAUGUACAUAUCCGGGAUGCACGGCGGACACAGUAAGGGUAAAACCUCUUCAUUCAAGCGGUGUUUGUUCUUAAAACACAUCGGGGCCAGUAACAUCGCAAACGCCUUAGCAGCAGCUAUAGAGGUUCGUCCUUCUCCCCUCUGUUAUCUUCAUCUGCUGCAAGGAGGUGGAGCUGUCGGCGAUGUGGCGAAUAAUGCUACAGCUUUCGGCUGUCGAGACUGGGACUUUGCCUGCGUAAUAACCGCUGUAUGGCCUCGUAAUGAGAGCGGAACUAAGGCUACUCAGGCUGCUAUACAAUGGGUGUAUAGCGUCGCCAGGAACUUGUUGCCCUUAAGCAGCGGAGUUUACGGUGCCGACCUUGGGCCAGACCCUAGAGACGCCGCGCUGGCAGCUAAGGCUUUCGGGCCAAACGGACCGCGCCUGGCCCAGCUAAAACAUAGCUUGGACGUGCAAAACGUGCUGGCUUACGCCUGUCCGCUCUCGAAACUGCCGAAGAAACAGAAGCUCAUUAUACUUGUUACGGGAGAAAGCGGCGUCGGCAAGGACUACUGCGCCGACGUUUGGGUCCCUAUGCUCGCUAGAUCUGCCGACCAACCCCGCGACGUACACAAGGCCAGUAUCAGCGAUGCCAUCAAGCGAGAAUAUGCAGCAGCUACCGGCGCUGACUUGGAUGGUCUGUUAGGGGAUCGGACUUACAAGGAACAACACCGGCCGGCUUUGACGGCAUUCUUCGAAGAACAGAUGCGACAACAAUCUUUCCUUCUAGAAAAGCAAUUUCUGAAUGUGGUGUCUGGAGCCGCAGAUGCGGAUGUGCUGGUGAUCACUGGGAUGAGAGAUGAGGCGCCUACUGCGACCUUGUCGCAUCUAGUUCCGAAUAGCAGAUUACUCGACAUUCGUGUCACAGCUAGCGAAAAGACGCGGCAGACUCGCCGGAAACGCCAAGCGAGCGACAAUGAUCGACACGAUAAUCAUGAUUGCGAGGAUGACAAUAGUAGCGACAACGGCAGCAACUGUAAGUCGAAUUCGACGACAUUGGACUACUGCCCCAGCCUCGUCUUUGGCAAUGAAGCAACAGGAGAUGAGGUGGUAAGGAGGUUUGCCGAUACGUACCUGCUUCCCUUCCUCCAUGGGGACCUGGAGCGACUGGCUAGUAUGGUGCUCCCUGUGCCCGACUUCCCACGCCCAGGCAUCGAGUUCCGCCAUGUGCUCAACAUCGCCCAACAGCGAGGCGGGUUAGCUUUGUGCACUUCCCUACUACAAACUUGCUUCGUAGAUGACUGGGAUAACAUCGGUAUGGUCGCCUGUUGCGAAGCGGGAGGCUUCGUGUAUGCAUCGGCAUUGGCUCAGCAAGUUGGCGUCCCCUUGGCGCUAAUCCGCGAAGCCGGCAAGCUUCCCCCACCUACCGUUUCCGUCAACAAGCCUUCAUCACACAUCUCAUCUUCAGAACCUAACAGUUCAAAAGGGAAGAGGAUUGAGAUGAGCCUGGACUUGAUUCCAAGGGGCGCAUCAGUGGUGGUGGUGGACGACGUACUUGCCACAGGAAGGACGCUUUAUGCAAUACUUCAACUUUUAGCUAAAGCAGGCAUCAGUAAUGAGGAUAUUAGCAUCAUUGUUAUAGCCGAAUUUCCGGUUCACCGUGGUCGGGAGUUGUUGUAUCGUCGUGGCUUUGGUGGGAUCAGUGUUCAAAGCCUUUUGGUAUUUGGCGGGGCCUAG